CCCACAGCGGGGGCGAUGCUGCGGCUGCCCCGGGCACUGCAGCGGGGGCGAUGCGAGCGCGGAGCGGCGACAUCCCGGGCACCUGGGGGUGACAGGCGACAGCCCGGGCACCGGGGGGAGGUGGCCCCGCUCGGCCCCGCCCCAGCCCCGCCCCGGCACGUCCGUGGGCGGGCGGGCCAGCGCUGCGGCCGCCGCAGAGCCGCGGGUGCGGAGCGCUGCGCCGGCCUCCCGCAAUAUGCCUCCGCUGCCCCCGGGCUGCUCGCCAUGCCGGGCACCUGCGGGCGCCUCUCCGCGCUGCUCCCGGGGCUGGCGGCCGCGCUGCUGCCGAUGCUGAUGGUGAUGGUCAUGAUGAUGAUGAUGGGGCGGCCGACCGCCGCCGCCGCCAGCCGCCCGCAGCAGCAGCGAGCGGCGCUGCCCGGGGGCGCCCCCGCCGCGGCAUCAGGUAGCGAACCCUCAUCUUCAUCAGGUACCGAACCCUCAUCUUCAUCAGGAUCUGUUUUCACCCUAAAAGUUCAAGUGAAUGACAUCAUCAGCCAUCAGUACCUGCGACAAGCGGUGGUAGAGGUGUUUGUUAACUACAGCCUGACAAAUUCUACUCUUACUGGCAACAAUGGAGCAGUGCUGGUCAAAGUCCCCUACAAACUGGGAUUAAGCCUAACUAUUGUCUCAUACAAGGAUGGCUACCUGCUGACACCUUUGCCUUGGAAGACGGCGAGAAUGCCAAUCUACUCGUCCGUGACGCUCUCAUUAUUCCCACAAAGUCAAGCUAAUAUAUGGCUGUUUGAAGAUACUGUCUUAAUUACUGGGAAACUGUCUGAUGCCAAAUCUCAACCGAGUGUUCAGUUUCCAAAAUCUUUAAUGAAGCUUCCAACAAAUCACAUUGCAAAUGUUACAGCCUAUCUGACAGUGCCAGAGCAAUUUUUGAAAGUGGACAGCUUUCUCUAUACAACAGGAAUUAUUUUAAAUAAAUCAGGUUUCAAAAGCAUGGAACUAACUCCUAUUGCUGCCAUAUGUGUAAAUGUUCUUUUGGCUGGGAAAGAACUGAACAUAAAGGGUCCCAUUCAGGUUACACUUCCUCUUCCCACAACUACUGUAAAAUCAGGAGAUGCUGUACCUGCCUGGACAUUUGAUAUGAAAAUUGGUGCUUGGGUAAACCGUGGGCUAGGAAUGGUGAAGGAAGUGGAUGGCCAGUUAGUAUGGACAUACACGGCUCAGCACUUGGGCUACUGGAUAGCAGCUCCACUGCCUGGAACCAGAGAAUCCAUUAUUAGUGCUGUUUCCAAGGACAUAACAGCCUAUCACACCGUGUUCCUUACGGCCAUACUGGGAGGAACUGUUGUCAUUAUCAUUGGAUUUUUUGCUGUUCUUCUUUGUUACUGCAGGGAUAAAUGUCGUCGCACACAGAAGAAGGAAAAAAACUCAACCAAGCUGGAGGUCAUAAAAAAAGACCAGACAACAUCAACAACUCACAUAAAUCACAUCAGUGCUGUCAAAGGGUCUUUGAAGCUGGAGGAUAAGUCCCAGUUAUAUACACCGAAGAUUUCUUCAUACAGCCCUCAAAGGAGGCUGUCCAUAGACACAGAAGAUGGAAAAUCACAAGACAAUUUUAAAAUCUACUCAGAGGAUGCUUCUUAUCAGUCAUCCUGUCAGACUGGUCAGGCAGGAAAUUCAGCCCAUUCAGUGGAGCCUAGUGCUGGAGUGAGGCUUUUACAGCAGCCAAAGCACAGUAACAGUACUAUUUCCCAGGCUCCUAGGGAGAUUCCAGACCAAAACAGGUACCUUUCACUGAAAGAGGAGAUGUAUGGGCUUUCCCAUAUCCCAGAACAUCUAAUGCAUAUUUACAAUCAGCCCAUUGCUAUUCUUCAAACCUCAGACCUUUUCCACUCCCCAGAACAACUGCAUCCUGCUAAAUCAGCAACUUUGCCAAGGAAAGGGCAGCUGGUGUACGGCCCCAUGAUGGAACCCAUGAGUCGGGACAGUUACAUGCAAACACUCCCCAAAAUGCCAGUGCACUCUCAUCCCCAGCCUUCUGCCUGCAGAGAUGAGAACAGUGCCCUGGAUGGUGAAGAGGGCCUGCCCUCCCAAACACCCAACUGGGGCCGGUACACCAACAGCUUACUGGAAUCUGUCUCUGUUCCUGGGACACUGAACGAAGCAGUUGUAAUGACUCCGUUUUCAUCUGAACUUCAAGGGAUUUCAGAGCAAACACUGCUGGAGCUCUCUAAAGGAAAACCAUCUCCACAUCCUCGAGCAUGGUUUGUGUCCUUGGAUGGGAAGCCAAUUGCUCAAGUGAGGCAUUCUUUCAUAGAUCUGAAAAAGGGCAAAAAAACUGAGAGUAAUGAUACAAGUCUGGACUCUGGUGUGGACAUGAAUGAGCAUCAUCCUAACAGGAAACUGGAGAGAGAGAAAACUUUCAUUAAAAGCAUGCCACAUUCUAAGAUUCUUUACUUGGAAGAUCUGGAUCUGAGUAGCAGUGAAAGCGGGACCACUGUUUGCACUCCAGAGGACCAGGCUGUGAGACACAUUAUGGAAGGAGGGAACGGGUCAGUCCUAGAACAACAUCAUGAGGAAGGUCUAAGGAAAAAAUCUCUACCAGGAAGUCAUGAGUCUGGCAUCCCUUCUGCUAAAAAAAGGGAUAGACCACCUCUCAUGAAAAGAGAUAGCAAAACCAAUAUCUGGAAGAAAAGAGAGGAGAGGCCGCUUAUUCCUAUAAAUUAAAACACAAUGUGCUUUGUGCUGUUGCUCUCCCUGCUGGUUGUUGAUCUCUUGCCUGCUUCUGUAAUUCUGCAGUGUUGGGUUUACAAGGGAAAUGUUGUUUUCUAGUAUCAAGAAAAAUUUCAUUUUUUAGCACACAGAUUGAGGUACCAAACUUCAGCUGGGCAACUGAUAGUCCAUGUGAAUUGAAAACAGGGAAAUGCUACUAUUAAACUUUUCCAGUUCCUAAUUGCACUGGCAGUAUGAGGAAGGCCCACAUUUUACUUAGCCUGUCAUUCUUGGACACACCUUUGGGAAUGCACAGUGAGAAAUGUAGGCACAUUAUUUAAUUUUUUUGUACUUGUUGCUAAUGCAAUGGUAGCCUAGUUAAAGCCAUUCCUAGCCUUGUUCCUAAUCAACACGACCAUCUGUACAGUAUUUUAUAUGUGAACUUUUCUAGCUAUCUGUUGUUACUUCUUUGUACAAUGUGAAAUGUUUCAUCCGUUGGUCCCUCAACACCAGCAGAUGAGCUCUGCUGGAUUCAUCAGCAGAGCUCUAUAGCAUUACUGCCCUCCCUGUGUGCCCAUCCGUGUGCAAUUCCAUACAACACUGGGGGAAGGGGAAGUGUACAAGUGUGGCCUCUGCACCUCAUGGCCCCCACUGUCUUAAGGUGUUGCCCAUCUUCUUUGUGUAGACCUGCUUUGUCAUGGCCCCUGGAUGUUGAAGACUGGCAUGGGCUAUGAAGGGUGCACGUCCAGCAGAACAGGACUGGUUCUCGUAGCAUUUGGAGCUGCAGCUACUCCUGAUCCCAGUGUCUUGUUUUGGCUUCUUUGUCAGUGAACAUCUUCUCUAUGUUGUUGGGCCAGCUGUGCUCCAGAAUACAGCCUUGAAUCUCUGCCUAUUUCUAAGUGAGAGUUUGGCCCAUGAUGAAAAAGUGUGCAAGAUUAGACAAAUUAUGCCUUGGAAAGAGUUUCUUGAGCAGGAAAGCUCGGCACCGUUGCUUUUUAUUUUAUGUUUAAAAUAAUGAGAGAUCGUUUGAGGUUUAUGUGCCUACAUUUUGCCGGCCUGAGCUGCUUUUGUCUAGGUUUGCAGAGGAGUUAAACAGGCUUUAAAAGUUGGGGGGGAGGGUUAUGAGCAUGAGACAGCAGAUUGCAAAAUUUGGUCUAUAAUGCAAUAUAAACACUAUUUAUGACUCAUCUUAGAGUUAAAUUUACCAAAAGUCAUGAAUGCAUGAAUUGUAACUAAGAUAUGUAUAGAGGAAGGAAAGGCCAUCAGAAUAUUCUUUAAUUUUAACAUUCAUCUUGUCAAAGUGAUCAUUUCAACUUUGGCUAACAGAAAAAUGGAUGCAUCUCUUAAUGUGCUUCAUAUAGUAAACAGAAUGUAUUUCUGUGGCUUUGAGGCUGUUUCCCUGGUGAAAUAAGUUCCAGCAUUUUGGCUUUGGCAGUUUGAUUAAAAAAUCAUCCUAAAAAAGCUUUAUAACUAUUUACCUUAGAGCUUGGUUAAGGGCCUGUACCAAGACCUAAAGAUAAAAUGCCUGUAUUUGAAUUGUGACGUGAGUGGUGCUUGGUUGUCUGCCCUGUAGUGCACUCAAGAGUUGGGAAGUAUCCUAUGCAGCUGGGCUUCUGGGAGUAUUUACUCAGGAAAUAUUACUGUGAAUUAUGUCUGUGGUGUUGGGAUUGUCAGGUGUCUGGUGCUGUUUCUAGAAGGAUAUGGAAGGUAACCAGGAUGGUACCAGCAAUGCACCGGUCCAAAUUGAGCAUUUGCUUCAUGAACAAAAUGUCCCUAUUGAAUUCAAGUAAGAAAGUGCAAAUUAAGCUUGAGGUAGGGGUGUGUGUGGUGGGUUGACCUUGGCUGGAUGCCAGGUGCCCAUCAAGCUGCUCUAUCACUCCCCUUUCCCAGCUGGACAGGGGAGAGAAAAUAAGAUGGAAAACAGCUCCUGGAUUGAGAUUUUGGUAAGGCAGAAACAAAUGUUUUCAUGUGCACAAAGAGGAAACAAAUAGGUUUGUUCUCUGCUUCUCAUCAGCAGGCAAUGUGUGGCUGCUUCCUGGGAAGCAGGGUUCAACACUUGUAGUGGUUGCUCCAGAAGGCAAACCUUGUAAGUAACAAAUACCCCCACUUCCUCCUCCUUUCCUUAGCUUUUAUAUCUGAGCUGAUGUCACAUGGUAUGGAAUAUGCCUUUGGUUAAUUUGGGUCAGCUGGCUUAGUUGUGCUUGCUAGGAUCUUGCCCACCUGUUUGCAGGGAAUGCUGGGAGUCGGCACUGAUGCUGUGCCAACCCUGCCCAGGAGUAGCCAAAAUACUGGUGUGUUAUCAGAACUUUUCCAGCUCCCAGUACAAAGCACAGCACUGGGAAGGCUGCUAUGGGGAAUGAACUCCAGCUCAGCCACACCCAACAUCCAUGAGCGUCAUCAUCACAGGUGGGAAUCUCACUCCUAUGCCUGGAGCACUCCUUCCCCUCCUUCAGCACUGACCUUGGUGUCUGCAGAGUUGUUCCUCUCACGUGUUCUCACCCUGCUCUUCUCUGGCCAUGAUUACAUCAGCAUAAUAACUUCUUUUCCUUCUCAAAUCUGUUAUCAGAGAGAUGUCACAAUCAUUUCUGACUGGCCCAGCCUUGUUCAGCAGUGGUUCUGUCCUGGAGCUGCUGGCAUUGGCACUGCCGGACAUUAGGGAAGCUUCUGGCAGCUUCUCACCUCUGUAGACCCCCCAAUAUCAAAACCUGACCACCCAAACCCAAUACCCAUGGUCAAGUAACAGUCCCCUUGCAACCCCUGGAGUGCAGAUAUCCACCUGCAGCCUGUGGAGGAUGCCUGAAUGAGGCUGUGAACCCAUGGAAAGCUGUGCUGCAGCAGCUCCUGGCAGGAGCUGUGAGAGAAGAGCCCCUGCAGCAGCAGGUAUCCUGGAAGUACCUGUGGGCCUCUGGGGGACUCAGGCUGGAGGCAGGCUGUGCCUGAAGGACUGCACCCUCUGGAAGGGUGAGCCACGUUGGAGCAGUUUGUGGAGAACUGUUGUUCUUGAGAAGGACUCAAGUUGGAGAAGUUCAUGCAGAGCAGCUUCCUGUGAGAGGGACCCUGUGCUGGAGCAGGGGAAGGACUUUAGUCCUUGAGCAGUGGCAGAAACCACACAUGGUGACCUGACCCAUUCCUGUCUCAGGAACCACACAUGGUUCUGACCCAUUCCUGUCUCAGGAACCACACAUGGUGACCUGACCCAUUCCUGUCUCAGGAACCACAGGUGAUGGACUGACCCAUUCCUGUCUCAGGAACCACACAUGGUGACCUGACCCAUUCCUGUCUCAGGAACCACACAUGGUGACCUGACCCAUUCCUGUCUCCGUGUGUCACUGUGGGGAGGAAGUAGAGCUAGGAAAGAGGGAAGGGUGGGGGGAAGGGGUUUCUGAGAUUUAUUUCACUUGUCAUUAUCCUGCUCUGGUUUUGUCAGUAAUCAAUUCAGUCUAAAUCCCCAAGGUGAGUGAGUCUGUUCUGCCUGUGACAAUAUUCAGUGAGUGAUCUCUCUUUACCUCAAUUCAGGAACCUUUCAUUGCAUUUUCUCUCCUCUGUCCACUUUGUGCAAGGGAUUGGUAAGAGUGGCUUUGGUGGGUGCCUGGCAUCUAGCCAGGGCCAAACCAUUACAGUGUGCAAAUAAGUCUGUAAUUAAAUUGGCCUCAAGAACCUAAAAGAGGUUUAAUUAUGAUUCAUCUAUUUCAGAUGUGAAGAUGGCUUGUCAUAUUAGUAUGCCUUUGCUUCUCUUUCUAGGUAACAGGAAUUUUGUUGUCCAAUACCAAAUAAAUUUUCACAAUUUUUUUUUAAUGUACAGUUCUACUGGAUUUUUUAAUAUUACUUUCUAGGCCGAAAUAUUGAUCACUUCAUCUUUUGUUUUGUUUCCUACAUCAGUAGGAAUCAAUUCAUAUAUGCACAUUUCUUCUGAAAGCUGCCCUUGAGGUUCAAUAUUGCCCUGUUUGCACAUUUGCAUUGGUUCUGAUGGCUCCCUUUUCAAUUCUGUUGAACAUAAUAGAAAAUACCUGACCAGCUAAUGGUUUUGAGGAAUUCAUAUUAAGUUCAUAUGUCUUUACUUUAAAUUUGUUCACCUACAGUAAUAUUCAGAUUUUUUAAAUGCAUUUUUCAUUGUAUAUACCAAAAAGACCUAAUUUCUCAAAUUUACUUGUAUCAUAAAAAAAUACAGACUACUAUAAAUGGCUUUAUUUACAUGAGUUGAAAGGAAACAAGUUUGACACUCCAUUGUUCUUAUUCUCUGACAGAGUAGGUAUCUGCUUGUUAAAGAAAAAGGAUUAGAAAUCCAACUCUAAAAUUAUUAUGAUUUAUAUUAAUACAGAAUAUUUCCAAAUAUAUCAGUCUUCACAUUCCAGCUGUAUGUUGGAAUUUAUACACUGGAAAAACCUGUAUUGCCUGCUAGAGAUUGGAAUUAUUUUUGGCUUUAGAUAAUUUAAAGAAGGAGUUUGACUAUGCUUAGCUCUAAAAAUUUUAAUUCCACAAACAUUCUACAUGUUGUGUAACUUGUGGAGAAGACAAUGUCACAGUGAAGUGUCACAAACUAAUGGUUUUCUGUAUUUCUCUAUAUGAUUUCAACAUAUGAAUUUAUAGGAGUCACUGAAUUUAUUUUUUAAGAUUUUUUUUCUGUUGGAUCUUUGUGGCAUUAACAGACUAUUCAAAUGCUGGUGCCAGAAUUAGGCCUGUACAAAAAUUAGCAAGGAUUUGUGGCACACAGCUCUUGGAAAGGCUGGGGAAACAUUCAGAGGUUUUCACUUUUUUGAAUCUGGAGCUUGCUUACCUUGAGAAUAAGAAAGGAGAAAUGUCUGUGAGCUCCUUCUAAGGAGAGGAGAAUGAAUAAGGAAAAUUGGAAAGAUUACAGCUUCUUUCUGACGCUAGUUUGCAAACUGGUAUGUGUUUUGCUUUGGUGGAAUCAGUUCUUUCUGAAGAACACAAAUGUUUGCAACACUUAUGUCUCAGCUCUUCACAAGGCACUUCUUGAGCUGUCAGCUUUUGCAAGAAAAGCCCUUAUUUAUGUACAUAUAGUUUUAAGUGCAAGCUCACUGAGAGUAAUUUUUAGAUUGUUACCAAAAUGCUAGAUAUUAUAGAUGAAAAAAAAGGUGGGGGAAUCACUUAAAAAUCACAUUUGAUUAAGAGAAGAAAAGUCCUUAUGGUGCAAUCAGAAAAUAGAGCUCUGGUAUUACAAACCUGAAAGUAAAAAUUAUGUGUUGAUUAGGGACAUUAUUUACCACCAUAAAACUAGAGGUGACACACCAAAAAUAAUCCAGGAUGUAGGAAUGUUUAGUUGUCUCCUUUGUUUUUAUGCAGUAAUUAGUACCAAAGAGGAUGAAAUGAACUGGCACCAGUAUAAAUUCUUGUUAGUUAAAAAGUGACAAAGUCUCACAACACUACUGAUCAAACACUGUGCAAAUGAAAAGGCAGUGCACUACAUCUGCUGUCUAGUGCUUUCCAUUAGGAAAAUCUGGAGAUAAAUUAGCCUGCUGAAGUGCCUUUCUCUUUCAUCAGACUUAUUUUAUCAGUGGGACACCUGCCUAUCUGAAAAGCACAUGAUGGUUUUUUUUUCUGUUAGCCAAAGCCCCCUAAAUUCAUACAAUUAUGCAGCUUUUAUAAUAUUUUAAGAGGCAGAUCUAGUGCUUUUUAUGUUUGAAUACUGACUUCUGCAUGUUGAUGAUGAUGGUAAUUGUUGUAAAACCUAGCUUUUGUAUUUUAUGUUUGAAAAGAAAUUUUAAAAAUAUAUCUUUAGCAAUCUGAACAGUAGUGUCUUUUAAAAAUGCUCAUGCGGGAUGUGAUUCAACUUUGUGCGUCAAGUGCAAGCAUCUUGAAGUCACUGGAUUUACAGGUAUGAAACUGACUGGGAUAUUAACUUCAAACAUGAAAUUAACGUAUGUUUAUAUACAAACACUUAUAACUAUAAAAGUCCUUUUUUCAGCUGCUAGCUUUGCUUGUCAGUAGCAGCAGAAAUUGUAUGGAGAUGGGUAUGUAAUUCUUAUUUUCUAGAACCAAUUUUUAUCUCAAUUUGGAGCCUAACCUGCAUUGGUUUUUAAUAGCUUUUUAAUUUUUUUAAAAAAAUUCACUGGUAUUAUGAAAACACAGUACUAUGCCUACGGAGCUAAAGAUGAGCAUUCUUUUAUAAUAACUUGUACUAAUUUGUGCCACACUUCUAACAAUAGGCACUACAUUUGAAUUAAAGAAUUUAUAUGUAAGGUGGUUUAAAUGACUUGAAUCUGAGCUUAGUUUUCUUUUAAAAGCAGUAUUCAUUGUAUUCAGAAAAAAUAAAAAGCUUCAGGUUUUUUUAAGACUGGCACGGCAAAACUGUCAUUUUUCACUCACUCUCAGCCUGAAAACUGUUUUACCAAAUGAAUUUUUUCAGUCAGUUUUAGGACUUACUGAACAUUCCUAUAUUCCCCUUCCCCAAAACAUCCUGGUAGUUUAUUCCCCAGGUAAUGGAUUUAGUUCCUUUGAAGCACUUGUUGCACUUCAGUCCACAUUAGAACAGUACUAUUUUUACAUGUCACUGUGUAGAAAGGCAGAUUUUAGUGCUCAUUAGAGCAUGUUACUCAUACAAAGCCUGGCUCUGGGUGUUGCAAGGCAGGUGAGCUCAUGGCACUGACUGUGCUCACCACCUUGAAUUCUCGAGCCUCAUAUUCAACAAACGCUUCAUGACCUCAGCAAUUAUUUUCAAAAACUCUCUAGUAUGGAUAUUGUUUAUGUAAAACAUUCUUGAUAUUCGGCAUCCUGGUUUUAAGUAUUUCUACCUUUUUAUAUUUUGUCAGAGGUGUCUUUUCAUCUCUGUAUUUACUACAGUAUCAGUGUAUCUGUUGCUGAAAAUGUAACUAAGGUUUGUAAAAUGUUACAGCUUAUGCAAUAUAAUAAAAAUUUGAAAAAAUUA